AUGUCAAGUGAUUUCAUGAAAUUUAAAUCAAGAAGAUCAACAGUCUAUUCGUCCAAAGGAAUUGUUGCAUCUACUCAACCAUUGGCCAAUAAUGCUGGGUUAAUCAUAUUGAAUAAAGGUGGAAAUUGUGUUGAUGCGGCCAUAGCAGUGGCUGCAGCUUUAUGUCUAACUGAACCUCAGAGUACAGGUAUUGGUGGAGAUUGUUUUGCAUUAUAUUAUAAGAAUGAUACUAAGGAAGUUUUAGGUUUGAAUGGUUGUGGAAGAGCUGCUAAGAAUUUAAGCAUUCAAGAUGUUUGGGACGCUUUGAAUGAUGGUCAACCAAUGGCUAGAAUCCCCCAAGAUUCGAUUUUCUCCGUUGUAGUCCCUGGUGCAAUUGGUGGAUGGUAUGAUUCUUAUAAACAAUGGGGUUCAGGUAAAGUCACUUUUGAAGAAAUUCUCCAACCUGCUAUCGAUUUAGCCGAAAAUGGUUAUCCAGUAUGUGAAUUAGCUGCCAGAGGUUGGAGAAACUCUAAAAAGAAAAUCCUCAAACAGAAUCCAGAAAUGGAUCCUAAGGACAUCCCUGUUCUUAUAAAUGGUGAAGGACCAAACGAAGGUGACUUUGUUACUAAUGAACCCAUCGCUGAAGCCCUUAAAUUAAUUGCCAGUAAAGGUAAACUGGGUUACUAUGAGGGAUCUGUUGCUGAAGCCAUUAUCAAAAGAACUGAUUCAAAAGGUCACAAAAUGACUUUAGAGGAUCUUUCUACGCAUACUUCGACUUUUGUUGAACCUAUAAAGUUUGAAUUUCAAGAAAAGACUAUUUGGGAAAUUCCACCUAAUGGUCAAGGAUUAGUUGCAUUGGUUGCAUUAGGAGUUAUUCAAGAACUCCAUAAGCUGGGUGUUAUUGAUUUAUACAAAAUUGAACAUAACUCAUUCGAAUAUUGGCAUUUAGUCAUUGAAUGUUGUAAAAUUGGAUUUUACGAAGGUAAUGAUUCAAUUGCUGAUCCAGAAUUUGAACAAAUUCCUGUUGAAAAAAUCUUGUCAUCAGAAUAUCUUCAACAGAGAAGUAAAUUGUUUUCAAAGAAUAAAGUUCUUUCAGGUAAAGAUUUUGGUGUACCAAUUCCUGAUCCUAAAUUUAAAACUGAUACUACGUACUUUACAGUGUCUGAUUCAAACGGAGAUGCUUGUUCAUUCAUCAAUUCAGUUUAUGAAGGAUUCGGAAGUGGUAUUGUAGUACCAGAAUACGGAUUUUGUCUUCACAAUCGUGGAGCCAAUUUCAAUUUGACUCCAGGGGCUACUAAUUGUUUAGAAGGUGGUAAAAGACCUUAUCAUACUAUCAUUCCGUCUAUGAUUACCAAUAAAGAUGGCUCACUUUAUGCAUCCUUUGGUAAUAUGGGUGGAUAUAUGCAGCCUGUAGGGCAUGUGCUCCAUGUUCUCAAUAUGGUCAUUUUUGGCCAUACUCCUCAACAAUCAAUUGACCUGCCUAGAGUUUGUCUUGAGGCUGAUGUUACUUGCCCCGAUACAGGUUUAGGUGGUGAUGGGCCUGUAAGUACCACAAGAACAUUUGUACUUUUAGAAGACGGUAUUGACCCUAAGGUUGUUCAGCAAUUAACCGAAUUAGGUCAUGCCACCAAGGUUUUGACUGAUUAUGAUAGGCAAACCUUUGGAAGAGCUCAAAUUAUCAAGAAUGUUUCCAAAGGUGGUAAAUUGGUUUAUGCUGGAGGUUCUGAAAUCAGAGGAGAUGGUGCUGCAAUUGCCCUUUGA